GUAAACUGACAGUGAGUCAGCCCUGCAGCCGCCCUCAAGCUCCGCGCACCCGUCUGCCUGAGCGGGUGUUCACCACGAGGUGAGCGAAAACAGAAGAAAAGCAGAAAACAUUGUAUCUCCGAAGAAAUCAUUCAUCUAUGAGACUCUUGUUUAGUGACUGAGUCCAGGAUCACGUCAAAGAUGGACGACAUCGACGCCAUGUUCACGGACAUGCUGCAGGAGAUGGAUCUCCUCACGCAGAGUCUGGCGGCUGAAGUUCCAGAUUAUCAGCCCGCCUCCGAGUCCAGCCAGCAAAUCAACUUCUCCGUCGGCUUCACAGAUCUCAAUGCAUCUCUAAAUGAACUGGAGGAUAAUGAUCUGGAUGCUCUGAUGGCUGAUCUGGUGGCCGACCUGAACGCCACGGAGGAAAAGUUCGCUUCUGAGAGGGUGGUUGUAAAGGAUCCCGAGCCCCACCCAUCUCUACCUGUCCCAACAGCUCAUUUUACCAACGCAGCCCCCCCACCCUCCCAGUCUAAAGCUGAACUGACCCGUUUGCCCAGUAACACCUCUGGUUUGACGUCUAGCACCAGCAACACUUCAUUACCACCUCCUCCUCCUUCGAACUCUAACCUUUCUAGGGAGGAAAUAGAAGAACAGAUGAAAGCAGACAAAAUUAAACUCGCCCUGGAAAAGCUGAAAGAAGCCAAAGUGAAGAAGCUGAUAGUGAAGGUGCAGAUGACGGACGGCAGCACCAAGACUCUGAUGGUAGACGAGAGACAGACGGUAAGGGACGUGUUGGACAACCUGUUCGAGAAGACACACUGCGACGGCAACGUGGACUGGUGCGUGAGUGAGACCAACCCGGAGCUGCAGACAGAGCGUGGGUUUGAAGACCACGAGAACCUGGUGGAACCUCUCUCGGCGUGGACGCGAGACAGCGAGAACAAAGUGGUUUUCCAAGAGAGGAAGGACAAGUAUGAAGUUUUCAAAAACCCACAGAACUUCUAUUUGUGGAAGAAGGAUAAGAAGUCACUUAAAGACAUGAAAGAUAAAGAUAAAGAGCUCCUUCUGGAGGAGAACUUCUGCGGGCCGUCGGUGAUCGUGCCUGACCUGGAGGGAAUGCUGCAUCUGAAGGAGGAAGGCAAGAAAUCCUGGAAACCUCGCUACUUCCUGCUGCGUGCUUCUGGAUUGUAUUACUUACCCAAGGGGAAGAAUAAGGCGUCGAAGGACAUGGUGUGUCUUCUACAAUUUGACAAUGUAAAUGUGUACUACUGCAACGAGUACAAAACCAGAUACAAAGCCCCCACUGACCACUGCUUCAUCCUCAAGCAUCCUCAGAUCCAAAAGGAGUCUCAGUACAUCAAGUACCUGUGCUGUGACGAUGAAUGGACCAUGAACCUGUGGGUUACGGGGAUCCGUAUCGCUAAGUACGGUAAAUCGCUGUAUGAGAACUAUAAGACAGCCAUAAGAAGAGGUUCAUCGCUGUCAUCAGUUUGGACGAACCGGAACCUCCAGCCGAGUCCAUCAACCUCCAACGCGUCUACACCGUCUCCAACACCGAAAGCCAAAGCAGCCAACGGCCAUGCUCCUCAGCCUCGCUCGGACCCGGCGCUCAAGGCCCCAGCUUUCAUUCCACCACCUCCAGUCGACGUCCUGCCCCCUCCACCGCCGGACCCCGCCCUGGCUCCUCCUCCUCCUCCUUCACCCUCCAUGCCUGUAAAGAAGCAGCUCCCAGCCGUCCCCCCUCAGCGAGCCGUGCCACGUUUCCAUCCUCCGCCCUCAGACUUUCCGCUUCCUCCACCUCCGUCUGAUGACAUGGAGCUUCCUCCCGACUUCCUCCCUCCACCUCCUCCCAUGAUGCCAGGAGAGCUUCCUCCACCUCCUCCAGAUCCGUUCCUCCCACCACCUCCUCCUCAUUCAGCUAUAGGCGGAGAUUAUCUUCCUCCACCUCCUCCUCCUCCUCAAGCUAUAGCUGAAGAUCAUCUUCCGCCGCCACCACCUCCUCCGCCAUCCGCAGGCGGAGGUCCUCCACCUCCUCCUCCUCCUCCUCCUCCUCCACCGCCAUCUUCCGGAGGAGGAUUCAAUCCCUCCGCAUCCACUAUGAGGAAAGUCGCACCUCCUCCUCCAAAGAGGACUACACCGGCAUUAGCUGCGCCCUCUGGUGGUGACCUCAUGUCAGAACUCAUGCUGAAAAUGCAGAAAAAACGUGGAGGGCAGUGAACUUUCAGCAAAUUCACCCGUUUUUCUAAGAAUUGACUUCUGAUAUUAUACACGUGCUGUAAAUAUGUGGAUUUGUCUGGGUGAAUAUUUUGAGGACUAAAUGAUCAGUGCUACACUGUAUUUUUUAUUUUUAUUUUUUUUAGGUGGAAUGGCAGUUGGAACUGGGAAACAGGAAUGAAAUAUUCAACAGAUUCAAUAUAAAAUCAUGUACUCAAAAGUAAAUUUUUUAAUAAAAUUAAAUACCAAAAAAAAAAAAAAAAGGAUUCUAAUUAUACACCACUUCUAUACAAAUUAUACAAAACAGUUAUAUGGGUUAUAUUCACACUGUUCAUUAAAUCAUAUCAUUUGGCCUUUUUUUUUGUAUGUCAUAAACACCAAAAAUUACAGAAGGACCAGCAUCAUCUUAUUUUACACACUAUUAUCUAGUGAAUAUUUAGAGAAACCAUACAGUCAUCUAGCGUACAGUCUAGAAGCUUGAUUUUAGAUGGACCUUUUGUUUGAUAAACCAGGGUUGCCAGGUUUCUGCAAAAUAAUUUUAUUUAUUUAUUUAUUUAUUUUUACACCCUUUGCACAGAGAAACAAAUAAUACACAUGUAUUUUGGAUGUUACAGACAUUAUCCACACGCUAUCAAUUCCGCUUUCAUUCUCUUCAUCUUUGCAACAUAUCUAAGGAUAGAAAUGGUUCUGUACAUCAUGGAUACACAGUCCGCACUCACACUGUGCCUUUCUUUGUGGAAAUGUAUUAGAUUUAGUUCAGAAUAUUUGCUUUAAAACAAGAUCUUGGUGG